UCUCCGCGCCGCCUGUGAGUCAGGGCUUUGCCGGGGCACGGGCGGCAGCGGCGGCCGGGGAGGGCUCGCAGCGUCCGCUGCGGGGCUCCAUGGAGAAGGCGGCACCGGUGAGCGAGGGCGGCGGCAGCAACAGCAGCAGCCGCAGCAGCAGCCGCCCCACGUCGGCGGGCUCGUCUCCUUCGUCCUCCUCCGCCAGCCGCGGGCUGCCGGGCCGGGCGGCGGCCGCGGGGAGGCUGGAUGGAGGUGGCGGGGCCGGCGGUGGCAGCAGCCCCAGCUCGGCGGCGGCCAGCCCGGGGGGCGCGCAGGCGCCCGGUGGCGGCGGCAGGCGGCGGGAGCCGGUGCUGGAAGGGACGCUCAGCAAAUACACCAACCUCUUGCAGGGCUGGCAGAGCAGGUACUUUGUGCUGGACUUUGAGACCGGGAUUCUGCAGUAUUUCGUGAAUGAACAAAGUAAAAGCCAGAAGCCACGAGGAACUUUGUCUUUGGCUGGAGCUAUAAUAUCACCCAGUGAUGAAGUGCCACACAUGUUGGUGGUCUACUCUGCUAAUGGAGAGAUGUAUAAGUUGAGAGCUGCUGAUGCAAAAGAGAAACAAUACUGGAUAACUCAGCUUCGAUCCUGUGCCAAACAUCACAAGGAAGGUAAUUCUAAGAGCACUUCAUCCUCGCGAAGUAGAAGCUCAUCCCUGCUGCCAUCUGGGACAGUGAAUUCUGCAUCUCCUAGUGGCCAGAAACAUAUUAAUCAAAGUGGGCCAACUGUGGUAACCAUCACACAUCACAAAUCACCUGCAGCUGCUCGAAGAGCGAAGAGCCAGCGUUCUGGUCAACUCCAUGAAGUCAGAGAGAUAAUGAGCCAAGUUGAGGGACAACAGAAGAAUCUUGUACAAGCCAUUGAAGCUCUCCCAGGUUCUGGACCCCUUUCUGCCUUGGAUCAGGACUUGCUGCUUUUAAAAGCUACCUCUGCUGCCACCUUGAGCUGCCUUGGAGAAUGCCUGACUCUCUUACAGCAGAGCAUGCAUCAAGUGGGCCAGCAUCACAACAGGACAGUGCCAUCAGAAGGUAUCCUGGGAUGGGCUGGGCCCAAGUCGCACUCCACAGAGCAACUGAAAAAUGGUGCUCUCAGCUCCUUAUCGUCUGCCAGUGCCAAUAUUACAUGGGCAAUAGUUCCAUCUGCAGCCCAGGAUGGACAGGCAGUACAACCAAAUACAGAGCCUUCAGACUCUGAGUUGAUCCGUGUUGAAGAUGAAAUGACAGAUACUGAAGAUAAUGAAGAGGAGGAUUUAGGAGUCAUGGAUGAUCAACGCAGUGUAAUUCUCCAUCUCAUCUCUCAGCUCAAACUUGGCAUGGACCUUACCAGGGUAGUGCUUCCAACAUUUAUUUUGGAGAAAAGAUCCCUGCUGGAGAUGUAUGCAAAUUUCAUGGCCCAUCCAGACCUGUUUUUGUCAAUUGCAGCUGGAGCCACUCCCGAGGACAGAAUUAUCUGCUUUGUGGAGUAUUAUCUAACAGCUUUUCACGAAGGCCGAAAGGGAGCGGUUGCCAAGAAGCCCUAUAACCCUAUAAUUGGUGAAACGUUUCAUUGCUCGUGGGAUGUGCCUAAAGAUAAAGUGAAAGCGUUCAGAACUAAUGGUGCCUCCGCCGUUUCUAAGGACUCGGGCAAGGAGUGUGGCCAGGACCAGUCCACGUGCUACAAGCUGAGGUUUGUAGCUGAACAAGUGUCGCAUCAUCCGCCGGUAUCCUGCUUUUACUGUGAGUGCAAAGAGAAGAAAAUGUGUGUGAACGCUCACGUAUGGACCAAAAGCAAGUUUAUGGGCAUGUCGAUAGGUGUUUCAAUGGUAGGUGAAGGUGUUCUUUACUUGAUGGAACAUGAAGAAGAGUAUGUUUUCACCCUGCCUAGUGCCUACGCUCGCUCAAUACUCACCAUCCCAUGGGUGGAACUUGGAGGGAAAGUCAACAUCAGUUGUGCCAGAACGGGCUAUUCUGCUACGGUCACGUUCCACACCAAGCCGUUCUAUGGAGGGAAGGUCCACAGGGUUACAGCCGAAGUGAAACACAAUCCCACUAACACCAUCGUAUGCAAGGCCCAGGGAGAAUGGAACGGGACGCUGGAAUUUACUUACAGCAACGGAGAAACCAAAGUGAUUGACACUAACAAACUGCCUGUUAUCAGGAAAAAAAUCAGGCCGACAGCACAACAAGGCCCCAUGGAAUCGAGGCGCCUCUGGCAACACGUCACCAGUUCUCUGAAAGAAGGGAAUAUCGACGCAGCCACCGAGCACAAGCACCGCCUUGAAGAGAGGCAGCGAGCAGAGGAGAGGCAGCGUGCGGCUCUCAGCACGUCGUGGACACCAAAAUAUUUUGCCAAAGAGGGCGAUGGUUGGCUAUAUUUGAAUCCUCUCUGGAAGACCCAUUGACGUGAUAGAGCAGUUGCCGCCUAACUUUACCUUAAAGGCAUUAAAAUGUUACAGUAUAUAACUUCGAGAUGUCAUCAAAUAGGUCCCGUUAUCAGAAGGUACACACGAGAAGAUAUAUACUGCGCAUGAUGCAUCUCAAAGUUAACCACAAGCUCAAGUUUAUUCAGGAGCCAUUUUGUGUGUAUGGAUACACAAACACACGCGCACACGUCCCUAUAGACACACAUAUAUACACGCAGUGUGUAUGUGUUUGUGUGUGUAUUAUUUACACGACAUGUAAACAAGUAUAAACACAGUGAUUUAAAGACCUUUUCCUCUUAGUGUCAGGGCACAGAACUCCGGCUGGACUCGGCCGGGGUUCCCCGAGUCGUGUGCUUGCAGGAUCAGGCCCUAUGCUAGUAUUUAAGAAAAUACUUUUUUAUUAGUACUGGUUAAGGUUUUUCUAUUUUUCACUUUUGCCAAAAAUGUUUUGCACUUAAAACAUGACGUGUCACUCAAGGGCAGUCGUUCUGUCUCAGCAGUCAUUGAGUAACUCACUUUGACAUACGAAUGCUAACGCUGGCAGCGCGCACGCUCGCUCGUCGGGAUGCUGAUUUACGAGCAGGUUUCCUGUCGCCUAAGGGUGUGAAUUUUCUGCCAUCUUACAAGAAUUAGCAAUACCUUCUCAAGAACGUUGUUCGCACCAACCCGUUGUGUCCUCCCUGUUUUGUUUGUUCGUAGUUGCAGCUGUUGAAUAGACCACCAGGCUGCUCUGGUGGUUUUAGACGUUGCUGUGUAUUGUUCUCUGGCUCCCGUCAUGCUCUGGGAAAGUAGGCAGAGCUUGUCUGGUCGGAGCUCUUAAUUCUGUAUUAAAGCUCCAAGCAGACACCUGGUUUGAUUUCUUCUGCGUUUGACCCAGUUGAUCGCUUCUGGAUUAAAUAUUUGGUUGAAUAGAGGUGAUGCAACCAGCCUUCUCAGAGGAAUGGUUUUCUGAUGUAGAAGUACCAACUUAGGAAAUUACUACACCGCGACACCAACUUUAUUAAUGAAACAAACAAAAUGGGCUACAAUUUGUUUUGUAAAGUUUAAAAAACAAGUAAUCCCGUAACUUGGUCUUGCUUUGCAAGGCAACCACUGUGAUGCUAAGGAAGUGGAUUCUAAAAGUGUGCGAAGGCUUCGUUCUUCGUUGCUUUUAGUUCGUAUUUGUUGAAAGUAACGAUGGUUUUGAGAGAAGUGACAACAAAAGGCAAAGGUAAAACACGAUGAGUCCUGCUCGGUGCUGCUUUUUACAGUGCCCCCUAAUGAAACCACUGUCUUUGUAACACACAGUAGCAUGGAUGCCGACCUUUCCGUAGUACUGAUUGAUUUUGUGCCUUUGGUCUGCUUUCUUCAUACAAUAGAUUAUGCUUUAUAGGUAUCACACAGAUAUUUAGGUCAAAACACUGCUUAUAUCUGUUCUUGCGCGUCCUGCAUUUUAUAAUGAUUUUUUUGGUAGAUGUUAAAAUCUCUUGAGCAAUUUGAAAGGCUGGGCAGAGGUGUGUACACAAGGAAACAUGCCAUUAGUUGUUCAUUUGGACAUGAUAUUUAAUAGAUCUUCACAUCUGAACUUCAGCUCCCUAUUUAAUUGAAGGUGUGGCUCCUUUUUCCUGCUAAAUGCUAUUCUGUCUGUUUGUAUGUACUUCUUUUGCACAUCAGAAAUAUUCAAGUUAUAAAUGAUUUAAAUCCUAUUUUUAAAAAAACGUAGACUGUAUGAACUUGGUUUUGUAACUGACACUUUUUUUUUUAAACCAAAAAUUCUUAUUUUUAGGAAUAGUUGCUGUUUUUCUGUGUCAAUACCGAAGUGAUGCUGUCAUAGUAAUCACAGAACUACUACCAAGUGUCAUCAGGAAAACUUGUAUCACCUGCUGGAAUUAACUCUAACUCUUGCUCUGAGAGGUUAGUCUGAUAAGUAACUAGAAAUACUCAUGCGGUUUGUAACGCUGUCACAAAGAACAAGUGAAAAUGCAGAAUUAAACCCAUGGAACAUCCUCCCAGAACUUUGACUUUCCCACACCAAAGAACAAGGCACACACUCACUAACAACAGCCAUUGAAACCUCUCUGUGUCAGGCCCAGCUCUGCCAGCCCUGGCGGUGUGACUGUCCAGGCUCCGGGGAUGCUGUAGCCGUUCUUUUAAGGACAAAUUGGAAUAAUUUUAUGCUUGUAAUUUAUGGAAGCAUUUUUCUGUCUGCAUGGUUGGUUGUUUCUGCAUGCUGAGAACAUUCCACCUGUGCCCUGACGUUUCGUUUUGUUCUGUUUUGUCACAUCGUGUCCUUGCCACCAUUGCUUUCCAAAAGUAACCUGGGAGAGGCCAACACAGAAAUAGCCUUUUCUGAAAAGAGCCCAUCGGUGAGAGAUUCCAGAACAAGAUUCACAAGUGUCAUUUUAUUUUUCGGAUAGUUAUGUGUUCAAUACAUUUUACAGGACUAAAGUAAAUAUUGAUAAGCCUUAUUCUGUAGGUUGUUCCAAUAGCUGUCUUGGACUUGCAAGUGAAUCUUUUCAAGUAGCCAAUGUACACUCUGAAUUGUAAUGUAAAAACCUCCAUGUACCUUUUGAUUUUCUUGUGCACACCUGUAGAAAGCCUAUGCAACCUUUUUCUUUCUUAAAUUAGAAAUGUUCAGAAAAACUUUUUACCUUUCUCAUUUAAAAGAUGCUGUGGCAGUCUCUUCUGAUUUGCCUUCCUUUCAUAAUCUGUGAAUUUCAAAUGACAAUGCUCAUGAAUAAAAGAUUUGUUUCAUUUA